CCAUCCCCAAGUUAUGACUCGAGAGCAGGGCCCGUGUUCCUCCAACACCACAGGCCUCUUCGGUCUUGAAAGACUCACUGUUUGACAGCCUGGUGACCUCACUGGGGUGGAGGUGGUUUUAUUUAAGGCCUCCGUGUGUCCACAGAGCAGCCAGAACAGAAAGCACCGAAGGCAGCUCUGCCAUCCCAAACCCAGCUGGAUCCCUGAGUGCUUUCAUCUUUUGAGUCACCGUGGAUGGCCUUCCAGGCCCUCCUGAAGCUCCUGUCAUCCAACCAGAGCCAGGCUCCCCCUCCCAACAGCACGUCUUGUGCCGGUAUUCCCGAAGCCUGGGACGUGCUACACAGAGUGUUACCGACAUUCAUCAUCACCGUCUGCAUCUUCGGCCUCCUGGGAAACAUCUUGGUGCUGUCCGUCCUCUUGCUGCCCCGGCAGAGGCUGAAAGUGGCAGAAAUCUACCUGGCCCACCUGGCGGCCUCUGACCUCAUGUUUGUCCUGGGCCUGCCCUUCUGGGCAGAGAACAUCUGGAGCAGAUUCAACUGGCCCUUCGGAGCCUCCCUCUGCCGUGUUGUCAACGGGGUUAUCAAGGCCCAUCUGUUCAUCAGCAUCUUCCUGGUGGUGGCCAUCAGCCGGGACCGGUACAGGGUGCUAGUGCACCCCAUGGCCAGCUGGGGUUGCCGGCGGCGGUGGCAGGCCCAGGCCACCUGCUUGCUCAUCUGGGUGGCAGGGGGCCUCUUGAGUACCCCCACGUUCCUGCUGCGAUCCAUCAAAGCCAUCCCAGAGCUGAACAUCUCUGCCUGCAUCCUACUCUUCCCCCAUGAGGCCUGGCAUUUUGUGAGGAUGGUGGAGUUAAAUGUUCUGGGGUUCCUCCUCCCAUUGGCUGCCAUUUUCUUCUUCAACUACCACAUCCUGGCCUCACUGCGAGGGCGGGAAGAGGUGAGCGGGAGCCGGUGUGGGGGCCCCAAGGGCAGCAGGACCACGGCGCUGAUCUUCACACUGGUGGCUGCCUUCCUGGUGUGCUGGGCCCCCUUCCACUUCUUCGCCUUCUUGGAGUUCCUGUUCCAUGUGCAGGCCGUGCAGGGCUGCUUCUGGGAGGAGGUCACCGACCUGGGCCUGCAGCUGGCCAACUUCUUUGCUUUCACCAACAGCUGCCUGAACCCAGUGAUUUAUGUCUUUGUAGGGCGCCCCUUCAGAACCAAGGUCUGGGAGCUUUAUAAGCAAUGCACCCUUAGAAGUCUCACACCAGUGUUCUCAUCCCACCGGAAAGAAACCCUCCAACCUUUCUGGAGGAGUUAAAACGGCAGUGACCCAGGAAGGUGGGUUUCUUUGUUGCUUCUUUCUGAUAUCAUAAAGACCACUGUGGGAGGCUGAUUACCUAGGACCUGGUCCUGGAGCCUGUGAAUGUACUUUAUGGGGUAACAAGGACCUUAUCGACUUCCAAACAUGGAGAUAAUCCUGAGUUAUCUGGGGGCCAACGAUCACAAGGAUGAUUUAUAAGAAGGCAGCAGGAGGGACAGAGUCAGAGACAGGAGGACAGAGGCAAAGGUCUGAGUGUAACAAGAAAGUGGCCAGGAGUAACGGAUUUCACGCACCCUCUAGCGGCUGGAAAAGGCAGGACACCUGAUUCUCCCCAGAGUUUAGAGGAACAACCAACCAGCCCUGCUGACACCCUGACUUCAGCCCUGAUCUCCACAACAGUAAGAAUAAAUUUUGUGUUAUUUUAAGUCA